AUGUGUGCAGAUUUAAUAACGUGUUUGGUGAGACAUUAUUUGGGUGAUAAUGCGACUACGAGUGCAGUCUGUAAUCAGUUACGAACCACCUGUCCGACUCUCUUCUCUGACGAAGAUGCUACUGCUACAAGGGCAACUGAAAUGUUAGAAGAAGCGCAUUUAAUGGAGCCGUGUCCGACGCGAACGGAACUGAUUGAUGAGGCGAUUCGUAUGCUGAAAGUUGGUGUUCAUAAACUCAAUCUUCCCGUCAUAUGUCAACUCCUCCACGAAGUGGAUUGCGUGGAAGGUAUAGUUGAGUUGGCAUUAGCACGCGCUGAACGAAGUGAUCCGAGAAUGUUGGCGUUAAUUGCUUAUAAGAGUCAUUCGGCUGAAACUGAUUCACUCACGCAAGAUGCAUUCAACAAGCGGAAAUCAGCAUACAAAUGCAUAACGGAUGCAUUGGAUCGUAUACAAGCAGACGUUCGUACCAAAUCCGGUAUAGCAUUACAGUCUGCGGUUGUUUCACGCGAUUUGAUCAUCAAUUGCGUUUUACGCUCCAAAGACGAACUCGCCAAUGUUGCGGUCUUCAAGUGGCUUUUAGCUAAUCAACUUAGCAAUGUCGUUGUUGAGAGUAAAUCGCCAUUCGCCGAAUCGUUCCUUCAUACGUUGGUGGAAGGAGGAGGAGCGAGCAGUUAUUUGGAUUUG